AUGGGAACGUGUUGUGGUGUUUAGGGAACAAAAAUGGUAAGUCUAUUUGAAUUCUCUACCCUAACUUAUUACUCUCAAAAUGCAAUUAAUAUUUAAAGAGCCUAUCGAAGUAUUCCUAUCAAAGUAUUAAAUCUCUAGAAUGGAAAAAUAAAAUGAAAGAACAAUAGAAUCCAUUAAUCAUAUCUAUUGAUAGUUAACAUAGUCAUGAACUACAUGCUUAAAUUAGUAAUGCAAUUGAUCAACCUAUCAAAGAAGUUGUAUUUUCAAUUAUCAUACUUAGAUUGAUCACUCCCCUUUAAAUGCUACUAAAGUAGAACGCAACUUCUGUGAAUAUUCAACAAUAGUAAAUAAUCUAAUCUAUAAAAUUGGUAAUUUUAACUACAAAGAAUAUCUCAAAUAAUUGAAUUAUACAGAAGAUGAACUUACAUUGCCUCAUCAUGAACCCUAUCAACUAUAAGAUGGCACCAUAUAUGUUAGAUAAUGGAAACUGGGUUUGCGUCAUUGUAAAGGCAGGGCAAUCUUUUUAGAUAAUAGUAUCUAUGAAGGUUUUUGGAAGGAUGAUAAGAUGUGGGGAUAUGGCAGACUUAUUUUAGCAACAGGAGAUUAUUAUUAUGAAAGUGAAUUUCUAAGGAAUAUGGCUAAUUGGAGAGGGAAACAAAUUACAACUUUAGGAUAUGUUUAUGAACGGGAAUAGGUGAAUGAUAAAUAACAAGGAGAAGGUAUUGAAAGAUAUCCAGAUGGGAUUAAUUUUAAAGGGAAGUUUGUUGUUGGGAAGAAGACAGGGUUUGAAGAAUUUCAUUUUUAAGAUGGGUCAAGGUUUAAUAAAUUAUAAAUAUUUUGAUUAGUUAUGUAGGAAAAAUAAAAGAACAUAAAUUUAAUGGUAAAGGAGUAUUUAAUUUUGGUGAUGGUAGAAAGUAUGAUGGAUAAUGGAAAAAUAAUUAAAUGGAUGAUUAUGGUACUUUUACAUGGCCUGAUAGAAGAUUAUAUGAUGGAUAUGUAACAAAUACUAAUAUUUCUAUAAGUAUGUCAAUUAUAAGAAACAUGGGUUUGGAGACUUUACUUAUGAAGAUGGAUCUAUGUAUAAGGGAAAUUGGUUUGAAGGUAGAGAGCAUUGAAAUGGUACAUUUUAUUCGAAAGGAGGAUUAUGUAGAGAGGGU